UUGUCUAUUGGUAGAAUUGUUUUGUUUUGAUAUAAACAAACAACUUUCAUUGUUAGAGGCAUUAAUAAUUAAACAUGAAUAGAGAAUAAAGAAGAAUAGUCCAUCAGUAUUUUUGAUAAACAGUAAUUCGAAUACUCUGAAUUUUUUUAUUAGAACGACAAAUUCUGACAAUUAUAUUUUCGGAUAAGACUUCUUACCGGAAAUAUAUGAGAGACUAAAAAUGGGAAAUCAGCUGGUCAGUAUAGCCCCUUCGCAAAUUCUACCAGUCGAAAGAUAUCUCAAUGAUUAUUCCACCCCUGAACUCAAGUUUGUUUAUGAUAAAAGUUUGGGUAGUACAAGGUUCCUGAAAGUUGCCAGAGCUAAUCUAGAAGACCAAGAAGGUUCUAUAGUUGUAAAAGUUUUUGCUAUUCAUGAUCCAUCACUACCGUUAUCAUCACACAAAGAGAGAAUUGAAGUUAUUCGUAAAAAAUUAUCAAGUGCUGUCAACUGCAUUCCAUUUCAGAAAAUUCUAAUCAAUGACAAAGCAGCCUUCAUUAUUCGAGAAUAUGUAAAGUACAGUUUAUAUGACAGAAUAAGUACUCGCCCCUUUCUUUCAAACAUUGAAAAACGUUGGAUUACUUUCCAAAUAUUGUAUGCUCUCCAUCAAUGUCAUAAGAAUGGUGUAUGUCAUGGGGAUAUCAAGUUGGAAAAUAUUGCUGUUACUUCUUGGAAUUGGGUACUGCUUGUUGAUUUUGCUUCCUUCAAACCCACUGUCCUCCCAGAAGAUAAUCCAGCAGAUUAUUCAUAUUUCUUUGAUACCUCUAGAAGAAGGAUUUGUUACAUAGCACCAGAAAGGUUUGCAAAGAAUGUGGUUGAUGAAAACUCAAUACUGAUGAAUGAAGCAUCUGGACAUAGCAAAGAUCUAACACCUGCCAUGGAUAUCUUCUCAGCAGGAUGUGCAUUACUUGAACUAUGGAAUGAACUUGAUGUACCAUUCGAAUAUUCAGAGUUAUUAGCUUAUAGGGCUGGAAAAUACUUUCCAGAUAAAGCUUUAGAGAAAUUAGAGGAUGAAAAUUUGAGAUCAUUAAUUUCCAGCAUGAUUGAAAUAGAUCCAUCCAAAAGACUUUCCGCUGAAAAUUACUUAGCGGCAGAGAGAGGAAAACUAUUUCCUGAAUAUUUCUACACAUUCCUUCAAUCCUAUAUGCUCAUAUUCUCAUCUACUCCUACGUUAACCCCUGAUGAAAAAAUAAUGAGGUUGAAGAAUGAUAUUGGUAAUAUCCUUUCAUUUAUGGGUCCCUCAAAAAUAAGAGAGGAGCAGAUGUCUGACGAUGAGGAAUUGUGGUACAAUGACCAUAAAGAAUACGAAGGAAUGGUUCUCAUCACUUCUCUAGUGACUUCAUGCAUUAGAGGAUUGUAUGAAUGUUCUUCGAAGUUAUACACUUUGGACAUUUUGUUGGAACUUGCAUUACAUGCAAACAACGAGACCAUACUUGACAGGAUAUUACCUUACAUAGUGAUUUUAGCCAAUGAUCCAACUCCUAGAGUGAAAAUAAGUGCCAUGAACACAAUAACGAAAUGUUUAGGAUUCGUUAAAAGGAUAAAACAGGUGGAAGCGAAUAUUUUCACAGAGUUCAUUCUACCAGGAUUGUCCCAUUUAGUGACUGACCCCAAUACUAAUGUGAGGGCUGCUUUUGGCAAAAACCUUCCCAAACUGGCUGAAAUCGCUUUCACCUUUCUUGAGGAAAUCAGGGACGAUAUUUUCUACAAGACUAAUACUAAUGAAGAAGACGAUAAAAGGGAUAAUAGUUUCAACUAUGAACUCGAACUGCAAGCCCUUCAUGAGAAUUUACAGCAUAUUGUCACUACUCUUCUAACUGAUUCGCAGUCUUUAGUUAAGCAGACUUUAUUACAGAGUGAAGUGUCCAAGCUCUGUGUUGUUUUUGGAAAGUCUAAAGCUAAUGAUAUAAUUUUAUCUCACAUGAUUACUUUCCUCAAUGACAAAGAAGAUGUAGAAUUACGAGCUCUCUUCUACGAUUGUAUUGUGGAGGUGGCAGCUUAUAUUGGAUGUUAUUGUUCUGUCAUAUUGACUCCUUUGCUUCUCCAGGGUUUGAAAGACUCCAGUGAACUGGUUACUUACAAGGCUUUGAUCGCAAUGACAAACUUGACCGAAAUUGGGGUGAUGAAUAAAUUUUCAAUUUGUGAAUUGAUCUCUGGAACAGUAUGCUUCUUGGUUCAUCCUUCUUUGAAGAUCAGGCAGGCUGUGGCUGGUUUCGUAUCUAUUUCCGGUGCUGUUAUGCAUGUUUUGGAUGUUCAAAGUAAAAUUAUUCCCAAAGUAGAGGUUUAUCUUAGGUACCCAUUAUUACGUUUAGAUAGAUCUGAACUAAUCGAAGAAGCUUUGGUCAAUCCUAUCUCAAGAGAAAUAUACGAUAGCAUUAUUGCUUAUUCAGAUAUAGAGUUGCUACUCGAUGUCUUAAAAAGGAGAAUGGAACUGAGGAAAGGUUUAAUCACAGUAUCUACCAAUGACUUACAAAUUCCAUCUCUGAAAAAUUUUGUUCGAAGAUUGGAAUCGAUUGGAAUGAACGAGGAUGUCGAAGUGUAUAUAGUAAAAAUGGGACCACAUUUGCAGAAGAUCCACAAACACAAGAGAAACGUCGAUGCUAGAUUGAAUAAAAGAAACGAAGUGAAAAUGGAAUUCAAUUCAAGCGAGUCUUCUGUGAAAGGUCACAUUCAUAAUCUAGCCGAGAAUCAUCAUAAUUUGAAUGUGAGGAAGCUGCAAAGGGCAAAUACUUCUGGGUCCAUAGAUACCAAUGUCAAUUCAGACUGGAACUACAGUUCGGAAAUAUUGAACAAACAAUCAGAGAGUACCAAUUCAGGGGGGCCGCCAUCUAGAGCAACCAAUAGUAGACCAUCUUCUCCACACUUGGAUAGUCAUGGGCAGUUUGGCAACACUGAAGCUUCUUCUAAUAUAAGCCUUCAUGAGAAAUCUUACAUUCAGUGUGGACGAUCCAAAGCAAGGUGUUAUCUCAAUUUAUUAAACGUAAUAGCCAAACAACAAGAGGAUUACACUAAAGCAGUAAGAAGUUUUGAAUGGGCGGAGCAAAACGCUUGGCAGCCUCAAAUACCUCCACCUGAUUGGCGGUUGAAGAGCAGCUUGGUGGCGCACAUGCAUGAACACAAGGGAGCCAUAACUAAACUGGCCACUUUGUCCGAUACUUCAUUGUUUGCAAGUUCCUCGAUGGACGGAUAUGUUAGGUUAUGGGAUUGCGCCAAGGUGGAAAAAAAGAGUAUCGCCAAUAGAUCUGUGCAGCAGUACAAGAUGCAGAAUAGUGUGGGAGUGAUCGGGAUAACAACGUGUGAUGGUGGACAAUCAAUUGCUUCGGCUAACCAAGAUGGAGUUAUAAAUAUUUUGCGGAUCGAUCCAGCAUCAAGCAGAAUGAACCUCCUGCAAUCCAAACGUCUGAUUCUCGAUGAAGAAGGACCACCAAUGGACAUAAACUGUAUAGAUUACGGAUCUCAGAGCACAGUGAUCUACGCUACCUUGCAUGGUUCGAUAGUGGGCUGGGAUCUUCGAUGUCCGGGAAUAUCAUGGCGUUUAGAAAAUAACUACAAAUACGGUUUUAUUACCACGUUCUGCCUGGACAAGCACCAUAACUGGCUAACAGUGGGUACCAGAACCGGCUACCACGUUGUAUGGGAUUUGAGGUUUCAAAUUCCAGUAACCACAAUCGAGCAUCCAAUACAAAACAUUAAAGUCAAGAAAGUCAUCAGUCAUCCUACGAAAUCUUCAUGGAUUAUAUCGAGUGUGCAAGGAAACAAUGAGAUGGACAUGUGGAAUUUAGAAACCGCUGAAAGGGAGAAGGUGCUUUGGGGAAGUUCUUCACCACCACUGACCUAUUCACCAAAGAGUGAAGAACACGUGAAUGCAGUUUGUGCCAUGUACGCUGGUUGUAUAGACGGAUCGCCAUUCCUACUGACAGGCGGUAUAGAUAAGAGAAUACGUUACUGGGAUCUUGCCAACACCGAAAGUUCCUACUUAGCCGUUCCAAGUGCCAACGAUCAAACUAUAUCGCGUUUGGAGUAUUCUAGUAGGCUUGUCGAGGGAUCAGAAGUUACUUUAGAAUCGAUAGAAACUAGGCCUAUAAAACUCAAUGAGGAGAGCCCACCGGAACCACCUGCUAUAGGUCACAAAGAUACUGUUUCCGAUAUCAUUCUUUGCAAGGCCACAAAUGUUUUCGUAGCCUCCGGUUCCAGGGAUGGAGUAAUCAAAGUGUGGAAAUGAGAUCUUUAAUAAAACCUUUAUCAUUAGAAGUAAGAAAUUAUAAUAGAGUUCCUUAAACGGAAUAAAAUAGUGACUGGAAUAAAUUUUUUCGAUAA